ACAGAGGAAGCUUCUGUUCGCCAUCGUCCUCUUCGUUUAGCAGUUCGCUAGUUGACUUAAGUCUUUUUUCUUAUUCUUUUCUUCUUUCUGGCACAAUAAUGGAAGUCACCAUGGAUCCUUUGUUUCUGGCGUGGAGCUACUUCAGGAGGCGGAAGCUUCAACAAUGUUCAGAUAUUUGUACAAAGAUCUUACAGGACAGUCCUUAUGACCAGGAUUCAUCUGUGCUUAUUUCAGAGGCAGCUUGGAGCUUGAAAACUCGUGCCCUUACAGAAAUGGUGUACAUAGAUGAAGUUGAAGUUGACCAGGAGGGCAUUGCUGAGAUGAUGCUUGACGAGAGCUCUAUUGCACAAGUUGCAAGACCUGGAACAUCAUUGAGACUCCCUGGGACAAGUCAAGGUGGAGGACCUACUCCAGCUGUUAGGCCGAUGACACAGUCAGGGCGUCCUAUCACGGGAUUUGUGAGGCCCAGCACACAAAGUGGGCGUCCUGGGACAAUGGAGCAGGCCAUUAAAACCCCACGCACUGCAAGUACUGCUCGCCCCGUCACCAGUGCUUCUGGUAGAUUCAUUCGUUUGGGAACAGCUUCAAUGUUAACUAAUCCCGAUGGACCUUUCAUAAACCUGUCGAGGUUAAAUCUCUCAAAGUACUCCCAAAAGCCCUGUUUAUCCAAGACACUGUUUGAGUACAUCUUUCAUCAUGAAAAUGAUGUGAAGAAUGCUUUGGAUUUGGCUGCUCAAGCUACUGAGCAUGCACAGUUCAAAGACUGGUGGUGGAAGGUUCAGCUGGGAAAAUGUUACUACAGGUUAGGUUUAUACAGAGAAGCAGAGAAACAAUUUCGAUCUGCUCUCAACCACCAGGAGGUGGUAGACACUUAUCUCUACCUUGCAAAGGUUUAUCAGCGCCUGGAUCAACCAGUAACAGCCCUCAAUCUAUUCAAACAAGGUCUGGACCAUUUCCCUGGUGAGGUCACCCUUCUCACAGGAAUUGCCCGCAUCCAUGAGGAGUUGAACAACAUCCCUUCAGCCACAGAGUACUACAAAGAUGUCCUGAAGCAAGACAACACUCACGUGGAGGCUAUAGCCUGCAUAGGCAGCAAUCACUUCUAUACUGAUCAGCCUGAGAUUGCCCUGCGUUUCUACAGGCGGCUGCUGCAGAUGGGAGUAUAUAAUUGCCAGCUAUACAACAACCUGGGCCUGUGCUGUUUUUUUGCCCAGCAGUACGAUAUGACUCUGUCGUCGUUUGAGAGGGCUCUGGCUCUGGUGGCCAGUGAUGAGGAGCAGGCCGACGUUUGGUAUAACAUAGGACACGUGGCUGUGGGUAUAGGAGACUUGACAUUGGCUUAUCAGUGUUUCAAACUUACCCUUGCUUUUAAUAAUGACCAUGCUGAGGCCUACAACAACCUGGCUGUUUUGGAGCUACGCAAAGGUCACAUUGAACAGUCAAAAGCCCUCCUGCAAACAGCUGCGUCACUGGCUCCUCACAUGUAUGAACCACACUUCAAUCUAUCCAUUCUUUCUGAAAAGAUUGGAGACCUUCAGAGCAGCUACACUGCAGCCCAGAAGGCUGAAGAUGCUUUCCCGGAGCACGUAGACACUCAGCAGCUUCUUAAGCAGCUUCGGCAGCACUUUUCUGCGCUGUGAGGUUCUGACACCAUGAGUGAUCCAGUCAUUAACUUAUGAAAAUAGUUAAAGCUGCUUGCUCAGAAUCAGAAAUCAACAAAGGGGCAUUUGUUUUAGUAAUUAAAUGAUCAGUUUAUUGGGUAAAUCAAUGGUAUCAGAUUGUUUUAUGACUGUGUUCUGCCCCACUUGAGAUGUUUUUAUUUGAACUACAAGUCUGCUCCCCACUACUCAAUCAAAUCAACCUCCUCUUGUUGUUAUAGAUAACCUGUCCACAGAAUCAAUACAUAUUUGUAUGUCUUUACUUUUUACUUCACCUUAUGUAAAACUCAGGAACAGUAGGGGUUCAAAAGGUCAAGAUUACAACAGCAUUUCAGUUACUUUAAUUAAAAGUAGUUUAUGUGAUGGUAAAUGUCAGUUUUAUAUGACACGUGACUUGAAGAAAUGUGCAAUUUACUAUAUGUGGAGGGAAGAGUUUUUCUAAAGAACUGGUUAAAGUCUAGAUUUGUACAGUAGUAACACACAUGUACAUUAGUAGAGACAAACAUUUAUUUGAUACAAUAUGUUACAUAUUUGUUUUUAGUAUUUUAAUUCUCUCUGCACUUUUAUAGUCUAAACAAAAGAAAUAAAACUCAGAAGAGUCUUACAGACCAACUCGAUUCUUCUUUGUAAACCAGAGGUUAAUGCAUUUUUAUAUUCAAAGUUUAAUGAUGUCAACCUAUGGCCCAUGGUUGCUUUUCACAAAUCCACUUCAGGUUAAAAUUGCACGGCGCAUCGUUCCAAGCCUUAAAAGGGUUACUUCUGGGAUACACAGCUGCGCAGUCUUCAUUGUCUUCAUUGUUGGGUUCUCCGUCAUUCCAGUACCUGCCAACAAAUAAUAGGUUUCAUCGUUGACCUGUAGUAUCUGGUCUGACACAGUUAAAAAUCACAAUAUUUAAGUUCAGAGAUGUUUUACCCCUCAUUCAGUCUUGUCCCAUCCAGCCACUUCCAUCUCCCUUCUUCUUCUACAUCUCUCAGUCCAAUCCAGAAACCACUCUGGUACAUCCAUGUCUUGGGAUCUUUAUAGUUAUGUAUCAAGUUAGUUAUUGCCAGCUGAUGACAAAGGAAAUGCACAGAAACAUGCAUGCAUAAGUACAUAUUGAUGUUCAGAGUCUGAUGUAAAGCAUUAGUGAUGAGAAAUGCAAAAAUGGAAAAUCAGAGUUUGUUGAGAAACAUGUUGUGUGUUGUCAUACAUGUUUCUCUCUGCUGUCAACGAUUGCUAAGUCGCCUCCUUGUCGCUUGCAGUGGUCUCUAGCCUGUUGCCAAUUGACGGAUGAAUAAGUGUCAGCAAAUGGGAAGAAGUAACAGAGUGAGUUCAUGAAAGUCCAUCCAGGUGAACAGUGUCUGCAUCCUUCCUCUGUUUCCCCCAAAAAAUGGAAAGGUGACAUGUUACUUAGUGGCCCGCAGUGAAGAUGCAGACAUCAGUGUGAAGAAAACAAAAGGCUCUUACUUAUCAUUGGUAUGUGGGAUUUCAACGUGGCAAUUUCAAUCUGAGUUUUUUCAAUCACACGUUCAUAGUCUUCUUUUCUUCUGGUCUGGUGCUCGAGCUCCCACCUAGUCACUGCCUGCUUGCCGAUCUCUCUCGCCAGUUGUUCCUUGGCAUCCUCCCUCCUAUGGAUUGCAGCAUUGUAGGAAGCUUGCAGUUUUGCUACUUCACCAGCCAGGUCUCUUACUAAACUACCAUCUGUCAGAUGGUAGUCUGUAAUCAGUGAAGACAUAGUGUCACAUUAAUUUGGGUUAUCGGUCUGUGUUCGAACUUUAAGCCAUAUGUGUGUUCUGUUUGUUAAGUCUCUAGAGGGCAACAGAAACAAGCAUGGGAAGACCCUCCAAAGUCGUCUUGGCACACUUUCUACUUGUAUAGAAAACAUGAAAUAAAAUAACAUUUACGGCUUUGCUUUUUUAAUCAGCUUCUGAGAGAAUUAUCUAGCUUUUUAAAUGCUAUACAAUACAUAAUAUCCAAUCCCUAACUUUGCGUCCUAUCUAGUGUGAGGCAGGUGGUGCACAGAGGAUUUAUUUUCCCUGAAAAUCUCUGCCUGCCGUGGAUGGAAACUGCACUGAUGCCAGUUGUAAUAAUGAACCGGAAUAAUACAUUUGUGUACUGAAAGAGCAAAAAAAUAAUGAGAUUUGUUUUCUGGGUUAAAAAUAACUUACAGUAGACUCCCAAGCCGAUAUCAACCGCCAGCAGGAAAGCAGCGAGCACCGCCAGGCUCAGUGUGAGCAAUUUGUAAUGAUUAAAACUGGAUGCAGGUCCCACGGCGGUCAAAGACACUACACAGGAAAGUAGUGAAGUGAUAGCUCAAGCCUCAACAGUGCAAAAACAGUAGUUUACUAUAAAAAUAAUAUAUAUACUAGUGUAAGAAAAGUUAUUUUUUUUGUGAAUAUGUCUCCCAUCUCUAGACUGAAUCAGUGGUUGAGCAUCAUUAACAUUUCUAAAAAAGAGCAAUAAGAAAACAUGCACUUAUAAUGUCUUAGAGCAAGUCAUACAUAAGCAUAGUAAUUUGUUAGCAAUAAUAGUUCAAUAACCUGACACCAGCCCAAUAAUAAUUAGUUUAGUGAUCUGAUUUUGCCCUACCUUGUUGCUUCUCCUGGUUGGAGUAGAUAGGUUGCUCAUCUGCAGCUGAUUCCUCCUGAUAGAUCAGUUUGUUAUAUGAUCUCCCUGAGUUCUCUCUGUCCUCCAUUUUUGACCAUUAAAAUUGAGAACUGUCUGACCAGAUUGUCCAGGAGGGAUUGCUUG